GUGUGUGUGUGUGUGUGUGUGUGUGUGUGUGUGUGUGUGUGUGUGUGUGUGUGUUUGGUGCAGUGUGAGUACAAUAGGAGCUUGUUCUUACCAGGCAAGAGAGGGAGAGAGAGAGUUAGAGAGAGGAAGGGUGAGAAGGGAAGAGAGUCGGUACCAGGGUCAAGCCGUAGACCAUUGGUGGGAAUUCAAAUGCACAUGUAUUUGUUUAGUUUCUUGAGUCAUGUGAUAUUUCCUUGUUCUACGACAACCUUUUGUCAAUUAGACACUCGUUCCAAAGUGACUAACAGUGGAUGGGAGACGCGGUUUCUGUCAUUAAGAAGCAGGAAGGGACCAUGGACUUGAGCCUGCGAGAUGCUCUGGGUGGGGUGGGGGGCGGUCGGGGGGGCCUGGCGCCCGGGGCCGGGGCCGGGGACGGCGUGAUGAAGAUGGACUUCAUGUCCUCGCUUGAGAAGGAGACCUACGACGACAAGGUGGGCGAGACCAUGUCCAAGAGCGACUACCGCCCCCUGCUGGACGGGAAGGACGGAGCCAAGGGCAGCGGUCCCGGGAUGAUGUCAUCGAUGAUGUCUUUGGGGGGUCGCCAGGACCCCGCUGGACAGCCGGCCUUCAGCUCUGACUACCUGUCAGGUCCUAAGAACCUGGUGGGUGGUGGGUCUGACCCGUGGAGUCAGACCAAGACCAAGGACAGCAGCGUGACUGACUCCAUGCUAGGGUUCUCCCAACCUGGGAUGGGUACAGGUCUGGGUAUGGGCAUGGGAGCCGGCAUGCCCCCCUCCUUCCAGUCCGGCAUGAGCUCCCCCAGUCCAGCUGGAUUCGCCCAGGCAGCUCCAGGUUUUGGACUGGACCCUAAGACCGCUGGCAGCACCGGGGGCAGCUCUCCACUCAAGACCUCCCCCGGAUCCGGAGUCCACUCCAUGGAUCAGUUCUCAGCAGCUCCCGCCCUCUCCCCCAGCGGCUCAUUGGAGGACAGCAGCUCCGCCUCCUCUGCCUCGGAGCCCUUGGGUCCACACAGAACUGGGCCCGAGGGAGAGGUUGCCAGGCAACAGCAGAGGAGGAGGAAGAAGAAGAGGAAGAGCCGCGACGAGGUCUACAACAUGCUGGACAGGCAGAACGGCCAAUCGGGGAGCAACGGGAUGAUAAGCCCCGCCUCCACUGAUAUCACAGCAACUGAGAGGGGAGGAAGGGAGGAAGACGAUGGGGAGGAAGAGGAGGAGGAGGAGGAAGAGAGCUGGGAGUGGGAUAUCAAGGGGAGGGGAGGAGGAGGUGGAGGAGCAGCAGCAGGGGGAAGGGUUAGAGGGAGGAAGAAUAAGAGUCGGAUGAGGCUCCCAGAGGAGUGGGGCCCUCCGCAGGAGCCCCCGUCCCCCUGCCAGCCCGUGGUGGGGGCCCCACACUGGGGACCGGACGCUCAGCCUGGCCCCGCCGGCUCCAAGCCUCUCGGCUCCCCCACCUGCGUCACAAACCCUGCCCGCGCUGGCGUAGCCGCACGCGAGUCCUCCGCACGCUCCUACGAGCCCAUGUGCGUCGAUGACUUCCCCUUGACCGCCCGGGACAGCCAAGCUCACGCUAAGGGAACAGAGGCUGCUAGCGACCCCGCCGCCACCGCCAUCAGCAGCGUGGCUAGCGCCCCCAAAGCUGACGCGGCAGACGACAGCGGCAGCCUAGGCCUGCUGUCGGGGGAGAACCUGAGCCCGGUCUCCCAGACCUUCUCCUUCCUGGACUCAGUGCUCCAGACACCGCCGGCCUCCACCCCCAGCUCCCAGACCACCACCCCCCUCACCCACACACCCUCCAUGGUCGCAAAGACCACCCUGCCCGACACCACCACCGCCACCUGCCUACAGACCUCCACCGCUUGCCACCCCACCGCUUGCCACCCCGCCUCCUCCCCCUCCAAGAACACUCCGGAGGUGUCUCUCACCACUCUCGCCCCGCCCUCCACCCCCUCCCCUUUAGCCGCUGCCGCCGCCGCAGUAGAACCACCCCCCUCCGCUCCCAUUGGCUCGGGGCUGAACCCCGACGCCAAGCCGUUCGUUCCGUUUGGCUCCUCCCCCCCAGGCGUCGUGUCCUCCGCGGCUAGCUUAAGCUGCGCGGCCACACCCAGCCAGAGUUUGACCACCGCUCCCCUUGCUAGCACCGUAGCGCCCCCUCCCGCGGUUAGCAUCGCCACUCCCGCCGCCACCACGAACCCACCGUCCCCACCGCCUGCCUCCGUCACCUCCGUCACCCCCACCACCCCACCUGCUCCCUGUCUCCCUGCACACUCAGAGCACCGGGACGCCUCGUCGCCACCACCGCCAACAAUCCCCCUGCUGGAAGGGAAACCAGACAACAAGGACAAGCAGGAGAAGGUUGACGACAAGAAGGAGAAGGAGAAGGAGGUGCAGAAACAGGAGCUCCAGGACAAGGGCCUGAAGUCGGAGAAGAUCCUGAAGGAGGAGGAGGCGGUGAAGGCAGAGAAGUCGCUCCUGGACAGGAACGAGAAGAUGGGCGAGAAGAUCGGCGAGAAGAAGGACAAGCCGGAGAAGACCAACAAGGAUGAGAAGGAGGAGGAGAAGAAGAAGGGAGAGGAGAAGAAGGUGGAAAAAGAGGAGAAGGGGGGGAAGGCCGUGGCCAAGUCUCCCACCGCUGCUAAGGGUCUGCCCAGCCCCAAUGGGAAGAACAAGCCUGACGCGGGGUCGGCCAAACCAAACGCAACCAAAUCCCGCCCAUCCACACUUUCGACCAAUGGUGAGGCCAGCUCGGCCAAGCGCCCCUCCCCCACCACCGCCUCGGCCAAUAAAAAAAGCCCCGGUACCAAGGCGACCACUCCUACUGCGGCCAAGAAGGCUGCCAAGACUCCAGACAACAGCACAGCCGAGAAACGCCCAGCUGUGCCAAAGGCCACGCCCACUCCCCGUGCGAGCGUCAAUAAGCCCGCCUCCCCAGGUAACAAGGUGGACAAGCCUGAGGGCAAAGCCGCAGACACCAAGAAAGCUGCCACCCCUAAGACCACAGCUCCCCGUCCCCGCCCCCGCCCAGCCCCGGGCCCCUCCCCCUCCCCGUCUCAGGGCGCUGCCGCCGCCUCCAACGGCGAGCUGUCCCACCGCCGCCGGACCCUGACCAAGCCCCCCGUGCCCAAGCAGACCCCCGUGGACAAGAAGGCGGCGGCCGCGCCCCGCCCGCCCCGCACCCCCCGGCCCCUCAACACUCCCACCCCCGACCUGAAGAACAUCCGCUCCAAGAUCGGCUCCACCGACAACAUCAAGUACCAGCCCGGGGGAGGCAAGGUCACCCAGAACAGCAAGACCUCUGACUCCUCAACCCCAGCAGCAAAGCCCAGAGUUCAGAUAGUGCACAAAAAGCUGGACUUCAGUCACAUCACGUCUCGCUGUGGCUCCAAGGACAAUAUCAAACAUGUCCCCGGGGGGGGCAACGUGCAGAUUCUGAACAGGAAGGUUGACCUGAGCAAGGUGACUUCCAAAUGUGGCUCCAAGGACAACAUCAAACAUAAGCCAGGCGGUGGCGACGUGAAGAUUGAGUCUCAUAAAAUGAGUAUCAAGGCGAAGUCCAAGAUCGGCUCCCUGGACAAUGUGGGACUGGACCCGCCGAGCAGCGGAGCCACCAACGGGCACAAGGAGAAAGCUGAGAACAAAGCAUCCACAUCCCCAAGCACAGCCCCGACGACAGGACCAGGAAGUGUUGCCAAGGCCGGGGCGGCCCCGGGAAGCGUUGCCAAGGAGAACGGGGUGAAGGAGCCCAUGCCCAGCACACCUUUUGGGGGUGACGGACUGAAUCAGCCCCUUAGCAUGAACAAACAAAUGACUGAGACAAAUUGAGUCUCAAUGGUGGUUAACCUUUUGGUGGGAAAACUGCGCUUGCCCUCCUGCCUACAGACAACCAACCAACCAACCACGGUCCUUCAUCCCGCCCACUGCAGCACCUCAUAGUGAUUCUCUGGGGGGGUCCACCUGCCAGCUUCUGCUAAAACCCCUCCCACCGUUUGACCUUGUGGUGACCUUCGAUUGACCUUUCACUCUCCUCUGCAGUAGGGACGAAACACAUCCUGUUUAUCUGUGUUUCCCUGUUUCUGGUACCACUGUCUUCUACUCACUUAAACAACUAACAAGUAGGUUUAAACAAAACACCCUCUAAAUAUCUUCCACAGUACCCCUUUAACUCCUGACUUGUGUGCAUGUUCACACUGUCCACGGGGGAGUCAUUUCACAUACGUCUACUAGACUAGAUACAGUAAAUCCAUAUAUAACCAGUCCUUAUUCUUCUCACUGUACUCCAUGCAAACAUUUUCUCAGACACCUCAGUCACCUUUUAGUCACAGUUUUUGAGCUUCUGAACUUUGACCCCAGUUCCACUGCUGCUCAGGUGCAGAUAUACUAGUUCCCUAAAGCUCUAUAUUACACUUUAUUUACCAUUUACUCAGUCACAAGCAUUCACUCUCUUAGACUAGUACACCACAUCUUUCUCCCCUUUGUCUCUAUGGACAAAUCAUAGUAAUUUCCCCCAACACGCUAAAGGCUAGCUAGGUAAUUAGCGACUGAGUAAGCUAAGUGGCUAACCCAUUAAGGCCAAGAAUCAGACGAGUCGCUUUGAAUCUGCACAUUCCAGUCACCAGGACAACCAGCGUUGACAUCAGAGCUUAUCUCUACUGACACUCUCAUAGGCCUCCUUGCAUACCACUUCUGCAACAAACUAGCGUAGCGUAGCUGUGGUGCUGUGUGCUGUCCCGCCUGUAUUUGGUUCUGUGCGUUGUGGUUUGCGCUAACAGCCAGUUAGGGACGAGACUCUGAGGAAAGAUCAUUCUUAAACUGCUUGGUCAAUUCUGAAAAACGCCUCAAUGGUCUGUAUGUUUCAAUGAGCCUUGGCCAUAGGUUUAAAAUGCUUUGAGAGGUAAGAUGCACGUCAUCACUGUGUAUCCUUUGGGUUAAGAAGAUAAGAUGAGAUGGAACUGUGUUGGUCCCAGAAUGCAAAUUCAGGUGCAAUGGCAGCAAGAAUAGGCACUAAAAUAAUAAUUCAGAGACUCAACUCUCAACUAAAAACGAUAUUUAUUAAUGUAUUUAUUUUCUGUGUGUAUUCCACUAUCCACUUUUGUUCCUGGAGAUAGACAUGAGGACAGACAAACAGACAGACAGGCAGCUGCCAUUGAUGCAUUAUAGUGGCUGAGUGAGGCACUUCCUGGUGAGCGAGGCACAAAAAUGGAGCACAGAACUCUACUAGAUAUGUUGUGUGCUUUAGAUUCCUGUUUGUAAAGCCAGUGGCUGUUUUCUUCAUACAUGUAGGCCUCUUUAACAAACAGGGACAUAGAAACAGUGAACACACACGCACGCGCACAUAUGCAUGGAGAAUUCAAACUCAUAUACAAACACAUUGUGCACAGAGAGAUCGGCACACAUACACAGAAGCCAGACUACGUUAUAGUUCUAUAGUCAGAAUAACAGCUGCAUUGUCUCGGCUGAAUACUUGCUAACGAGUUGUGUUGUUGUGGCGUCCUGUCUGAUAUAUAAUCAACAUCACAGGUCGUCAUGACAACGACCUCUUCACGGCCGUAACCUAAAAGGCUACAGCUUUUUGGGCGGCAAUACACCCUUUUUAACCUGGCAGUGCUUACACGCGUGCAUGCACACACAUAUACACACACACACACACUCACACACACACACAAACACGCACACACACACACACACACACACACACACACACACACACACACACACACACACACACACACACACAGUGACAGGAAAAACAUAAAAUGAGAGAGUGAGAUUUGGAUCAAAUUUGUGAGGACUGAGUUGGCUUAAAGGAAGCAUUAAGGCAAUAACCAUAUGUUCCCAGAGACCCGUAACAUUUCAUACUCAGUUGUCCAUGUUAUUACAAUGAAGCUUCACUCAUUCAUCACGUGUCAAGUCAUGUGUAGUUAGCUGCUAGCAUAGCGCUAGCUGCUAACCUGCUUAAGGUGUACAAUUCUUGUGCUGUAUGCAAUGGCUGAAAUUAGACACUGACACAUCAAAUUUGUAGCAAUUAUGUUAAUUUUCCUCUGGGCUAUAUAUAUAUAUAUUCCGUUAUCAAAAGUGAUACGUAUAGUGAUAUGUACCGUGCAUAUUUAUAGCACAGGCUAUACACUACAGUGGUGGGUUGUCUGUCUUUUUGUUUAAUGUCUCUGGAUGUUUAAAGUAAUCUUUAAAUGUGAUACUAAAAGAUUGACUGGGUGUGACCAUGGAAAAUACACCAUCACCAAAUUUAGAAAACAAUUUUGUCUUGAAAAAUAAAGAUCCAUGUUAAGAAAGAGAGAAAGGAUUUACAUAUUUUAAAACACAAUUGAUUGAAAUUACGAUUGGCUCCAUAUAAUAACAACAUUUUCUCUUUUCAUUUGAACAAUUUCUGUUUUUCUCUGUACAUUGCACAAAAAAAUAGUUUCACCUAUGUUCCCUAGCCUAAGCUUUAGUAAGUCAACACUGUGAUAUAAUUUUGUAGAUAAAAUGCCAUAUUUUAGUAUUUAUUUAAAACGACAUAGUACCAGCAACCCCUGAAAAUUCUGUCACUCGAUUCUAUGCAUUAUGCUUUAAAGACCGAUAGUAGCAGUUGGUUUGGUUUAGUCAGCUGUGAUUGUGGCCUCUUGCCGAAGUAGUUUCAGAUGUGUGAAGUGUUGUUGCUGGGUGCAGCCCUUAGAGGGCGCUGAUUAGCCUCUGGAACACUGAUAGUCUGGCUUUGGGGAAACAAACCGUGCAACUACCACGAUUACUCAGAACCACAGCAGGAAAAAACGAUGCUCUUCUUAGAAGCCUGCUUUUUGUUGGCCACAGCAUAAAGUGACAUUUAUUUCUGGAACCAUCAAUACUAUUCAAAUAAGAAAAUAUAUAUUAGCAAUGUACAGUACCCCGUUUGAAACUCAAAUGCCCCCAUCUUAUGUGAUAUUGAUUCUAGACAGGAUGUUGUUCCUUUUUCGAUGGACCAAGCUGCUUCCCUGUAAUUCACCAUGUUGAUGUCGGCUACGUGGUGUGAGCGUGGGCAGUCAGGAGCUAAACAGUCUUAAUCGUUCAGUUUAGAUGUAGCACUGAUAAUCAACGAGCAAGAUAUCAAAUUAAAUACAAUAAAGACUAGACGCGUACAAGCACCUUCCGAGAAUACUUUGUAAGGCGUUGUUCCUGCUAAACAAAUAUUAAUGGGUUGCUAAAAACUACAUAUAUAGCAAAUUGGUGUGACUCUUGUGAAAACAAUAAUGUGAAUCUUCUUCUAGAAGUACAAUUGGAGUAAAGGCACUUUGAAUGGUCCUUAGAGCUAUCUGUGUACAUAGACCUAGAUACAAUAGAAACAGCUGUGGUACUCUCGUGUCCGGGAGCUCUUUGUUGUACUCACCUGCAGCUAAAUGGAAGGAUUUGUCUGUGUAUCCUGAAGGAUACAUUAGGUUUCCUUGUCCUCGCAUUGGUCACUGGUCAGGUUAGUGGAUGCUCAUUGGUUAGUGCUUGUGGGUGUCGUGCCAGCGGUGUCGUGCCAUUGGUCAUUAGCAGUCUGACACCUAGCUCUCCACCGUGCUCCUCCAUACUCUUCUGUUCAAGCAACAGAGCAGCUCUGGGUCCACCAGCUAUGACUUCAAAAGUUGGAUAGCCAAAUAGUUAUUUUUCACCAAACAUCUAGUUAGAGAAGUUCCAGUUGGUAUAGCUUGGUCUUAUUUACUUAAGGUUAAAGUUCAACCAAGUUGGAAUUGUGCAUAUAAAGGGAGGGUUAAAAUAUAGAUUAGGGACUAGGGAAGGACAGGGAUUCUUUUUAUGCUUUAUGAGUUCCCCUGCUCUGUUACUUGGACAAAUAGGACCCCAAUGUCCUUUCACUCUGACCUUUAGCGCUUUAUAAACGCCCUUAUGCGUUGUCCCUCUUACCGUCCCCUGUAUAUAGACACUACCUUGUUUUUACCACUACAGAAGUAACACAAAUAAUAAUAAUAAUAAUAAUAAUAAUAAUAAUAAUAAUAAUAAAAAUAAUAAUAUAAUAACUUAAAAAACAACUGAAAAAAUCACAAAAACUUCUGUGGAUCUUGACAGGGUGUUUGUAGGUGUUGACGAAGGAGCUUAUCGUCAUGGUAACUAUAAGUAGAAAAAUCAUUCAAGGAAAAAAAUGUGAGGAAGCGAAAAACUGUUGCUUUUCUUUUUGUUUUCCGAGUCUGCCUUUUUUCCCCUGACAAGAAAAAGGGCUGCUCGAGUUUGAAGAAUGUCAAAAUAAAUAAUUAAUUGUAUUGUAUUAAAAGAUGCAAGAUGAGAUGAAAUACAUGUUUGAGGAUGUCUGUGUUCUUCACAGUGAAGUGUCGGUUAAUUGCUGGAUCCCAGUGAGACAGUUGGCGAGAGAACACUGUGUGUCGGAAUACCUGCCUGGACGGAAUCAAAGUCAAAUAUGUAACUGACAAAAUCAAAUUAUUUCUUCACAUUGAAUCAAAUUCCUUCAUCUUAAAAACGAGAAAAAACAGUUUCUCAAUUGAUAAUACACAAAUACAUUUAUAUUUCAUCAAAUUAGAUGAUGACUCAAAAUUUUCAUCAAUAUAUCACCAGUGGAAAAAAUGUCCCAGGUUACUGACACACAUUGCCUUGCCCUGAUUCCCGUCUACUGCCACCAUCCCUGUAAACACGAACGUCUACAAGUGCAUGUUCUUCUGGCCUUCGGUAGAGAAUAGACUGCUUCUUUAAAAGCUCCCAGACAUAUCUGCCAACACCAGUAGCGUUACAGAAGGAAGCCAAUUGAGUCAGAAGUUGUGUGAAAAGUAGACCAAUUGUUUACAUUAAAAAGUACAAUAAAUGCAAAACCACUCGUUCCCAGCGCCCCUCUGCGGGACAUGAGUGAGGAUCCCCAGGGAGACCGGGAUUGUUGGCUGAUGUUCCCUGGAAAACCAAAGGGUCGAUCGUACUCUCUGGGCAUCCAUCCCAAUACUUAGAAAAAGCGUUUUUCUUACUUGUCCUCCUCACUCAAUUAAACUCAAAUUACGCUUACGUGAGCAAAAUAAUAAAAAGGUAUGUUAGGCCUUUCAAGACGAAGUUUGAACAGCAAAAGGGAUGUUGAAGGGAAAUGUAAUGUUAUGUAGCAUCACAAGUCUAAAUUAUUAGAGCUGUAUUUUUUAUUUAGCUAAACACUAUUUGUUUCGUUGCUCACUCAUUGACUUAUCUGAUACCACAGGUUUAAUCUUUAUUGUAAGUCGGCACGGGCAGCAGUUAGAAAUAUAAUACAAAAAUGAAAGAGGAGACAAGGAAAGGCAACUAUACUUUUCAGUAUUGUGUAACGUGCCGUAUUGUAGUAUUCUUUUGGGCCCCCACAUCAUGGCAGGAGCAUGCAGAGGAACGACUCAACAAAAUGGAGCCUGUGUCUCCGAACGAGACAGAGCUCGACCUCUCGUCCCCUCCCCCACCUUCCUCCCCCUUCAAUCUGAGAUGUAAUGAAUAUUUUGUAUGAAAGAGAUGUUCAAUGUGAUUAACUGUUUAGUGGUGUGAAUAUUAAUCAUGAAAUAAAAACAAUUAAAAUGAA